AUGGAAGUGUUUAAACUUCUGAAUCCUAUCGAAGUAUUUAAUAAAAGAGAAAUCUCUUUAUUGAAUCUCGAAUUUUUCGAUCUAACAAAAGAUAAACUCUUCGCACAUCUCGUUAUUGAACUUAGGAUUCGUGAAAUCUGGGGAUUCAAAAAAAUAUGUUUUUAUGAUUUUGAAAAGGAUUUCAAUUCAAUCGAAGAAGAAAACAAAAAGAUUGAAUUCAUUCAAAAUAAUCUUAAAAAUUUUUUUCCAGAAAAUCACGAAAGAAAAGAUCUUGCAAAACUUGAAAAAAUUAAAUUUUCUCUAUUUUUGAAUAAAAAUUUUGGACAUUGGAAGCCAGAUAAAAAUAAUAAAAAUGAGCUCACAAAUUAUAAUAGAAAGAAAAUUCAACUUGAAAAAAUUAAAGUACUUCAUAAUCUUCUUGGAUUUUACUUGCCAUUUUUCCCUAUAUUGUGGAAAUCAUCUUUUAAUACAUUAGUAGAACAUAUGAAAAUGAAAAUAACGAAUAGUGUUGCUGAAAAUUUAUCAACAUAUCCAACAUAUCCUCCGGAUAUAGAGAAUCUUAUUUCUACUCAUCAAAACGCAUUUAAAAUUUUUGAUAAAAAUGUUGAUUUUAAAUAUAUUGCUGCUAUGAUAGUUAAGUUAAGGGAGAAUAAGUUUUGGGGAUUUGAAAAAAUCAGCUGUGAAGAUAUCGUAUCUAAUUAUAAUAAUAUGGAUGAUGCUCAAAAAAAUUUAUUUAUUCAAAAUUCUACUAAAGAAUAUUUUUCGAAAGGUAGCAAAGAAACAACUGUUAACUUUGAUAAACUUGGAAAAUUGAAAUUUUGCCUCUUUUUACAUGACCAACGGGAGAACUUAAAAAAAGAAAACAUGUCAAAAAAUGAAAAAAGAAAUUUUGAUAUAUCAAAAAAGGUUUAUAAUUUAAACGAAUAUCUUGGUGAAUAUCUUCGAAUAUUUCCCGUUCCAUUUCAUCAUAUGGAUGAUUUUUCUGCCAUAAGAAGAACCCAAUUUGAUGACUUUAUCAAAGUCAUAAGUCAACGACAAUAG